GAGAGAGAGUUUAUCUCUUAUUAUAAAUGAUUGGGCGAGAAACAGAGCAUAGUACUGAUCAUCAGUUACUUGAAACAACAAAAGAAGAGAUCAAAAGAGAUAGAGAUAUACAUAUAUAUUUAUAUAUAUAGAGAGAGAGAGAGAGAGAAGGAGAGAGAGAGAAUGGGAGGAGACAAGACAAUAGUUGCAGUGGUAGGUUUGUGUGUAAUUUUGGGGAUGAGCGUGGCGGAAGGGUACAGGAAUUACACGGUGGGAGACGACUUUGGGUGGUCCGAAAACCCUAAACUCGAUUAUCAGACAUGGGCGGCCAACUACACCUUCUCCCUCGGCGAUUUCCUCAUCUUUAACACAGACAACAAUCAUUCAGUCGUCCAGACCUACAACUCCACCAUAUACAAACUUUGCGACGACGCCGACGCAGCCGACAACGACACCAUCGAGUGGUCGUCCGCCGACCCUUCCUCAACGGCGCCACACCCGGUGUCAGUGCCGGUGCAGCUUCGCAAAGUCGGGACCACGUACUUCUUCUCCGGCGACUACGACGGGGAGCAAUGCCGGAGCGGGCAGAGGAUGAUGAUCAAUGUGACAUACGGGCAGGGCCUGCCGUGGAGCCCCGACGAUUCGCCGGCACCCGUCGGAGCACAGUCCGGCGACGAUGCGGCGCCGGAGACUAUAGUGCCGUACAAUUUCGAUCAUCCUCGGGACAUAGGGGACGAUGAUGAUGAAAAUGUGGCAUCUAAUUCUGUGGUUUUUUGGCCAUGUUUUGCAGCUCAUUUGAAUUUAUUGUUGUUAUUUGUGGUGGGAUUUCUUUUUUACUUCUAAGUAUUGGUUGUUACGAAAUGAAAUUUAUUAUUUAUUAUUA